CCCCUCCUCCCCGGGCCAGAUGCAGCUUAUGAAUAGCUUGGCUCUCCCUGCUCCUCCUCAGCUACUUUCUCACUCAUCAGCAUCCAGCAUCCAACUCCCACCGGCUGGUAGUAGCAAAUAAUCCUCAGACAAGCUCCACUUGGACUUUUUUUUCCCCAUAGCCGGCCAAGAGAAUGGAGACCUACCAGACAUCCUUUCCCUUGGGCGAUGAAUCUUCCCAAAUGUGCAGCCUAAACCAGCGCCUUGAAGCCUACCUCUCCCGGGUCAAAGCUCUAGAAGAAGAGAACGAGUUGCUCAAAGCCGAAAUUCUUCACCUGCGCAAAGAGAAGAAGACGCCUUCCGCCAGGAGGUACCACCAGGAGAUCAUGAAGUUGAGGGACGCUUUGGACGACGGUUACCAAAAGAUGGUGGAGGCGGAACGGGCAAGAGAUAAUAUUUAUCAGGAGAUCGAAUAUGUCAAAGAUUUGUGCCUUCAAGAGAAACAAGUUCGAGAGGAGGUGAAGAAAGAAAUGUCCGAAAGUCAAAAACUCCUAGAAGAAGAGAAGAGAGCCCAGACCUGGUUGAAGGAAAGGUUGGUCUUGCUGGAGGAAGAGAUGGAAGAGAUCCUCAAGGUUCACGAAGAAGAGAAGGCUGCCAUGGAGGAAGAGAUCUUAAGCUUCUCCCGAAGACUGGACAGCUUCAAGGUGGCUCCCGUAGCUUUCCAACCGGUCAACGUGGAAGACUACGCCAUCAAACUCUCCCAGAUCUGGCAAGGGGCUGUGGAGGACUAUAAGAGCGAGGUGUCGGAUCUGGAAAGUAGCCUAUCCGAGGCCAAGGAGAACUUGAGAAAGGUGCAGGAUGAAAAGAAACAGAGCCAACUACAGCUGCAGAACCUGGAAAGAGAUCUGCUGAGCCUCAAAUCAAGGAAGGAAAUGCUGGAGGAAGUUAUCGGCAAGCAGUGGCUGGACCAACAGGAAGAGGAAGGAAGACUACAGUUGGAAUUUGAGACCUUGGAAAAUGAGAAACAGGACCUGAGGGCCCAGAUCGCCCAAGUUCUGGAGGACAGACAGCAGCUCAUGCACCUUAAGAUGUCUCUCAGUCUGGAAGUGGCUACAUACAGAUCCCUUCUAGAAGUUGAGAGUACACGACUAUACUCACCGACUGCAGAUUAUAAAUUGUCUUCACCUUUCAGUGACUUUGUGUUUGAGAAGUCUCCUCUUCGAAAAAGACAGGCUGAAAGCAUGAAGACACCAGUGGCCAAGGACUACAGACUAAUCUCUACCAAAAGGCAGAGUGCGGAAAAAAGUCAACAGUGGACACACACGCCAAGCCGCCACCUGAAUGUAAAGAGUACCUCUUUUUCAAGUAAGCCGAGCCCUGUAACCAAAGAGUUUCAGAAAGUUAGCUCUGUCCUUCAAUCUCAGAGUCUAAAAUAUACCAAAGCAUCCACAAACAAAGCAGCAACACCAAUACCCUCAGUAAAAAUUGAGAGGCGCCCUCCAACUGAAGACGUCUUUAAGAAGAGUAAAGUGGAAACAAUCUCUUAUUCGUAUUCUCAAGGUUCAACAAAAGACCAGCCUUUAAAAAGAACUUUGUACAGUAAAAAUGAUGCAGAAUUAACGAUAACUGAAGCUGUUGAAAAUGGAUUUGUAUUGCCAGACGAAAAGGAAAUUAUAGCUGCUCAAGUAAAAACUGAUCAUUUGGAGUCUUCCUUGAAAACUGUAAAAGAUCAUCAUACUAUAGUCCAUCAUACUGCAAUGGAAGAUCAGCAAGGUUCUCUGAAAGUUGAUAUCAAUGUCAAAGACCUUGAAUUGAAUGAUGAAGCUCAAGGAAAGGAAGACCUUAAUGUUCAACAUAUAGAAUUCAACCUUCCAACUCAAGCCUUUGAAAAUGAAGAAUCAUACCUGGUUGUUGAAAAAGAAGAAGUUGGGACAUGCCAGAUGGUAUUAUCUGAAAAACAAGAAGUUGUGCAAUCACUAGAGUACCAAAAUAUAGAGACAUUAAUUAAGGAAGAUGUUAAGGACCACCUAAUGGUACCGGCUAUUUCAGAACCUUUCACAUCAGAUGCAAAGGCCGACUUAUUGGCCGCAACGCCAACACAUGAGCAAGAAAACAGUACGACUAUCAUUUCAGCUGAAACAGAGGAACCAAAAGCACCUUCUUCUGAGGUUGUGUCUGAACCUUUGACUCAACAGGAACAAGAUCUUGUAUGCCAAAUAUCAUUUGACCUUGAACAUGCUAUAAGCCUUUCUAGCAAACUUCAAGCUGACCAAAAAACUGAAUCUGAGCCAGAUAACUCCAGUUUAGAAAAGCUGGAGACUGAAAGCGAAAUUCAGGCAGAAGAAGCUAUAGUAGAUCAGCAGAUCAUAAGUACCCUAAAGGAAAACAAUACUCAGCUAUUUAAUGAGGAACUCAUUGAGUAUAAAGGCCAAGAAAACGAGGAUAAAAAACUGCAGGAGGACUUUGACUUAAAACUUGCCCAAUCUGAAAGUCCUCUUGAAAAAAGUAAAGACUCUACAAACACAGUAGAACAGUUGGAUGCUAUCAAACAAGAAAUUUGUAAUUCUGAAGAAGAAAUAAAGAAGGAGGAAAGUUCUCAAGAGCAUGAGACAGAGCAAUCCAGUGAAUUUGUCAAAUUAGUUGAGGACGCCAAUCAAAUACCCAAGGACUCCGAGAACAACCAGGAAUUAAACCAGGAAGAGCAAACGAGUUUGGAACUGCAUAGUUUAGAACAAAAAAAUAAAAUUUAUAAUGUAAGAAAAACUCAGAUAAUUUGUGUUACAGAACAAAUGACUGAACAGUUCAUUGUUGAUAAUAAUGAAGUUGUUGUGCAGUUGGACGCUACACAGGCAGACAAUAUGUAUUUAUCUGAAACUGGACUAAAGGAAAUUAAAAAAGAACUGGAAAGUCUGGAGUUGGGUGAAAAAGAGCAAGAGAUUCUAGAUAUACUUGGCACACAGAUAGGUGCUUAUGAAGUGCAAGUAACCAAGUUGGAGUUAGGAGAAGCUACAAAUCAGUUAAGUGAUGCUACAGAGGACAAUGUCCCAUUAUUUGAGAAUGUGGAUGAAAGUCAGCAUGUUAAACAGGAAGAGCAGAAAUUGUCUCAACCAAGAGAUUCUGAACAGGAUCAAAGCGAUCUAGGACAGGCACUGGACAUUCAGCUGUCGGAAGAUAACCAAAAUCUUCCUGAUGACAAUGCCACUGAAGAUGUUGCACAACUCUUGAAUGAUAUUGAUGAUGGUGGUCAGUCAGUGGAUAAGAGCCAAGAGCAAUUUUGUGACAAUAAGCAAGACGGUAGCAUUGUGUCUAAAACAGAACCAGUGAACAGUUUGCCGUCUUUCCAAGAAGAAAAAUACAUCGAAAUUACUCAGACUGAACAACAAGACAAGUUAAGCCUUGAUCAAGACAGUUUACCAUCAGAGAGUAAAGAUGACGCAAUAGAGGAACCACAAUCUGCCCACCAAACUUCACUGUCAUAUGAUAGUGCUGGAAAUGAUGUGAAUGCUGUUGUAGAGGAGUCUGCUGUAAAUCAGUUCUGUGAAUUGAAACAGGAUUCUGCACAGACAUUUGCCGAAAAAGAAGACUCAAUACCAGAUGAGCUAAAAAGUCUUGAGCCACCAGUGGCUGAAGAAGAUAUUCCCAAAGUAACUGAUGGUACCAUAACGCUACAGAAAAAGGUUGAACAACCAUUUGAGGAAGAAUCUGAACCUUGCAUUAAGCAGGAUAUGGUAGAGGAACCUACCACGACAAACUCCUUACAAGAAAACCAACAAAAAGAAUACAAGUCAGAGGAAAUAUUAACAGAAUCUAAGAAAACAGAAGAGGAUAUUCUGCUUAAUGAAUCAGAACAAGCCAAUCAAGAGUUAGUAGAUUCAGUAGCUUGUGCUGUGUCAGCAGAAGAGGUGGAGCUGGACAGCCCUGUAUUGGCUGAUGGAGUCCAGGAAACAGAACCUAGUUUUGAACUCAUCAGUGAUGCAGAGAGCAAAAUUGUUUUUCAGAUUGAAAGUGAAGACAUAACUCAAUGGACAGAGAAGGUGAUAAUGCAUGAGUGUACCUUCUCUGAACAGCAUGCAAAUGCCAACUUAUUAGCUGUAUUGCCACCACAUGAACAAGAAAAGAGUACGACUCUCAUUUCAGCUGAAACAGAGGAACCAAAAGCACCUUCUCCUGAUGUUGUGUCUGAAUUUGAACCUUUGACUCAACAGGAACAAGAUUUUAUAGGCCAAAUAUCAUUUGACAUUAAACAUGCUAUAAGCCUUUCAAGCAAACUUCAAGUUGACCAUAAGACAGAACUUGAGCAAGAUAACUCCAGUUUUCAAAAGCUGGAGACUGAAAGCAAGGUUCAUGAGGAAGAAGCUAUAGCAGAUCAGCAGAUCAUAGGUACCUUAAAGGAAAGCAAUACUCAGCUACUCAAUGAUGAGGAAGUUGUUGAGGAUAAAGGCCAAGAAAAAGAGAUUGAAGAACUGCAGGAGGACUUUGACCUAAAACUUGCACAAGCUGAAAGUCCUCUUGAAGAAAGUAAAGACUCUAUAACUCAAUGGACAGAGAAGGCAAUAAUACAAGAACUUGACCAAGAACCUCUUUCUGAUAUACAGCCAGAAAUUGUCCUCCAACGGGAAGAUGCAGAUGAAGAGCCUAGUGAAGGUCCAAAAGAACAAACAAGCCAAGACAAUUUAGAAAAGACAAAACAGGACACCACAGAGGAAGAUGAGAAGAACAGUAAAGAUUUCAAGGAUUCUGAGGCUAAUCAAGAGCAAGACCUUGUCGAAGAGCCCCUCUUUGGUGAGGAGUCACAAUUUAGUCUUGAGCAGAAAAAUAAAGUAUGUUUCAGUGAAGCGAUAAAAGAAGAAAUAAGUAAAGAGACUGAUGAAGCAAUUUCAGAAACAGCAGAACAGGUUACCACUGUAGACAGUCAGGUGGAAAGCAAACAUUUUGUGAGUCCUGAAGCUGACCAAGAGCCAGCCUUUGUCCAAGAGGAUGUCUCUGAUGGUAAAAUCUUGUUUCAACAAGAAAGCGUAGAAAAACAUACCAGUGAAGAUACCAAAGAAAUUAUAAGUGAAGUUGAUUGGGAAUCUGUUACUGAAAUAGUAAAAAUGGACACCUCUGAAGAAGGCAGAUUCCUAGAUUCCCAGAAAACAGAAGCUGAUCGAGAGCCAGAACUUGACCAUGAGUCUAUCUUCAGUACAGAGGCUACAAUCACCGAUCAACAGGAAAGUGUAUUAGAUUUUGACAAAGCAACAGAGGAGGAAAUUAUUGAGGAGAGCAGCAAAAUAGUUUCAACUAUAGUAGAUCGUGUAUUUUCUGAGAAGAAUGGAGAAGUCGAACAAUUAGAAAAAGCAGAAUCUGCAGAAGUAUCCACAGAACAACAAAGUCAAGCAACAGAAAUCAAGACAGAAAAAUGCAUUAGUGGGACUGAAAGCACUGAAAGUGAUGUUCACUUAAGUGAUGUUGAACCACUCAGCCAAGAAUCCCGACUUCCUGAACUUGACAAAAAACCAGAGCUUGACCAAGAACCUCUUUCUGAUAUACAGCCAGAAAUUGCCCUCCAACAGGAAGAUGCAGAUGAAUAUUCCAGUAAAGGCUCAGAGGAACAAACAAGCCACAACAAUUUUGAAAAAGUCACCGAAAUGACAAAACAGGACACUACAGAGGAAGAUGAGAAGGACAGUAAGGAUUCCAAGGAUUCUGAGGAUAAUCAAGGUCAAGACCUUGUCGAAGAGCCUAUCUUUGGUUCAGAGUCACAGUUUACUCUUGAACAGAAAAAUGAAAAAAUAUGUUUCAGUGAAGCUCCAGAGGAAGAAAUAAGUAAAGUGACUGUAGAAACCAUUUUAAAAACAGAAGAACAUGACAUCUCUGUAGAGAAUCAGGAGGAAAGUAAAGCUUUUGUGAGCUUCGAAGCUGACCAAGAGGCAGUGCUUGUCCAAGAGGUUAUCUCUGAUGUUAAAACCUCCUAUCAACAAGAACACGUAGACAAACAUGCCAGUGAAGGUCCAGAAGAAAAUAUAAAUCAAGUCAGUUGUGAAGCUAUUUCUGAAACUGUAGAGAAGGACACCACUGAAGAGAAUGAAGAAGACAGUAAAGAUUCCCAGUUUCCAGAAACUGACCGAGAGCCAGAACCUGACCAUGACUCUAUCUCCAGUACAGAGGCCAAGAUCAUCGAUCAACAUGAAAUUGUAUUAGAUUUUGACAAAGAAACAGAGGAAAUUAUUGAGAAGAGUAGUGAAGUAGUUUCAACAAUGGCAGAAAAUGUAUUUUUUGAGAAGAAAGAAGUCGAACAAUUAGAGGAAACAGAAACGGCAGUAGUAUACACAGAUCAAGAAAGUCACACACCAGAAAUCAAGACAGAAAAAAGCAUUAGUGGGACUGAAAACACUGAAAGUGAAGCUCACUUAGGUGAUGUUGAACCAUUUGUCCAAGAAUCCCAAGAUCAAAAACCAGAACUUGACCAAGAAAUCGUCCUCCAACAUGAAGAUGCAGGUGAAUAUUCCAGUAAAGACCCAGAACAGACAAGCCAAGACAAUUUUGAAAAAGUCACCGACUUGACAAAACAUGACACCACUGAUGAAGAUGAGCAGGACAGUAUGGAUUCCAAAGAUUCUGACUCUAAUCAAGGGCAAGACCUUGUCAAAGAGCCCCUCUUAGAUUCAGAGUCACAGCUUACUGUUGAGCAGAAAAACGAAGAAGUAUGUUUCAGUGAAGCUACAGAGGAAGAUAUAAGUAAAGAGAAUGAUGAAGCAAUUUCAGAAACAGCAGAACAAGAUACAACUGCAGAAGGUCAGGAGGAAAGUAAAGAAUUUGUGAGUCCUGAAGCUGACCAAGAAAUUGUGCUGGUCCCAGAGGACAGCUCUGAUGUUAAAAUCUCCUUUCAACAAGAAAGUGAAGAAAAGCAUAUCAGUGAAGAUACAGAAGAAAAGAUAAGUGAAGUCACUUGUGAAACUGUUUCAGAAACAGUAGCAAAGGAUACCCCUGAAGAGAAUGAAGAGGAAAGUAAAGAUUCCAAAAAAACAGAAGCUGACAAAGAGCCAGAGCCCGUCCAUGAGUCUCUCUCCAGUGCAGAGGCUAAAAUCACCCAUCAACAGGAAAGUGUAUUAGAUUUUGACAAAGAAACAGAGGAGGAAAUUAUUGAGGAGAGCAGCGAAAUUGUUUCAACAAUAGUAGAAAAUGUAUUUUCUGAGAAGAAAGAAGUUGAACAAUUAGAGGAAACAGAGUCUGCAGUAGUAUUCACAGAACAACAAAGUCAAGCACCAGAAAUCAAGACAGAAAAAUGCAUCAGUGGGACUGAAAAUACUGAAAGUGAUGCUCACUUAAGUGAUGUUGAACCACUCAGUCAAGAAUCCCAGGAUCCUGAACCUGACCAAAAACCAGAACUUGACCAAGAACCUAUCUCUGAUAUACAGCAAGAAAUUGUCUUCCAACAGGAAGAUGCAGGUGAAUAUUCCAGUAAAGGCCCUGAAGAACAAACAAGCCAAGACAAUUUUGAAAAAGUCACCAAAACGUCAGAACAGGACACCACUGAGGAAGAUGAGCAAGACAAUAAGGAGGCUAAUCAAGGGCAUGACCUUGUCAAAGAAUCCCUCUUUGAUUUGCAGUCACAAAUUACUGUUGAGCAGAUAAAUGAAGAAGUGUGUGUCAGCAAAGCUACAGAGGAAGAUAUAAGUGACGAGACUGAAGAAGCAAUUUCAGAAACGGCAGAACAAGAUACCACUACAGAGAGUCAGGUGGAAAGUACAGAUUUUGUGAGCCUUGAAGCUGGCCAAGAGACAGUGCUUGUCCAAGAGAAUGUCUCUGAUAUUAAAAUUUCCUUUCAACAAGAAAACAUAGAACAACUUGCUUGUGAAGUUACAGAAGAAAUUCUAAGUGAAUUAAAUUUUGAAGCUGUGUCUGAUACAGUAGGCAAGGACACCUCUGAAGAGAAUGAAGUAGACAGUAAAGAUUCCCAAGAAACAGAAGCUGACCAAGAGCCAGAACUUGGCCAUGAGUCUAUCGGCAAUCCAGAACAACAGGAAAGUGUUUUUGAUUUUGACAAAGGAACAGAAGAGGAAAUUAUUGAGGAGAGCAGUAAGAUAGUUUCAACAAUAGUAGAAAAUGUAUUUUCUGAGAAAAAUGAAGAAGUUGAACAAUUAGAAAAAGCUGAAUCUGCCGUAGUAUGCACAGAACAAAAAGAUGAAGCACCGGAAAUCGAGAUGGAAAAAUACAUUGGUGGGACUGAAAACACCGAAGCUCACUUAAGUGAUGUUGAACCACUUAGCCAAGAAUCCCUAGAUCCUAAACUUGACCAAAAACCAGAACUUGACCAAAAAUCUAUUUCUGAUAUACAGCUAGAAAUUUCCCUUCAACAGGAAGAUGCAGAUGGAUAUUCCAUUAAAAGCCCAGAAGAACAAACAAGCCAAGACAAUGUAGAAAACGUCACUGAAAUGACAAAACGGGACACCCUGGAUGAAGUUGAGCAGGACAGUAAUGAUUCCAGAGUUUCUGAGGUUAAUCAAGGGCAAUACCUUAUUGAAGAGCCCCUCUUUGAUUCAGAGUCACAAUUUACUCUUGAGCAGAAAAGUGAAGAAGUAUGUUUUAGUGAAGCUUCAAAGGAAGAAAAAAGUGAAGAGACUGAUGAAACAAUUUCAGAAACAGCAAAACUGGAUACCCCGGUAGACAACCAGGAGGAAAGUAUAGAGUUUGUGAGGCUUGAAGCUGACCAAGAGGCAGUGCUCGCCCAAGGGGAUGUCUCUGAUGUCAAAAUCUCCUAUCAACAGAAAAGUAUAGAAUCACAUACCAGUGAAGGUACAGAAGAAAAGAUAAGUGAAGUUAGUGUUUCUGAAACAGUAGCGAAGGAUGCCUCUGAAGAGCAUGAAGAAGACAGUAAAGAUUCCAGAAAAUCAGAAGCUGAGAAAGAGCCAGAACUUGACCAAGAGUCUCUUUCCAGUGCAGAGGCUAAAAUCCCAGAUCAACAGGAAAGUGUAUUUGAUUUGGACAAAGGAACAGAUGAAAAAAUUUGUGAGGAAAGUAGCGAAGUCAUUUCAACAAUGGUAGAAAACGUAUUUUCUGAAAAGAAAGAAGUUGAAACAUUUGAGGAAACAGAAUCUGCAGUAGCAAGUACAGACCAUGAAAGUCCCAUACCAGAAGUUGAGAGAGAAAACUUCAUCAGUGGGACUGAAAACACUAAAAGUGAUGCUCACUUAAGUGAUGUUGAACCACUCAGCCAAGAUUCCCAAGAUCCUGAACUUGAACGAAAUCCAGAACUUGACCAAGAACCUAUCUCUGAAAUACAACAAAACAUUGCACUCCAACAGGAAGGUGCGGGUGAAUACUCCAUCAAAGACUCAGAAGAACAAACGAGCCAAGACAAUUUAGAAAUAGUCACCAAAAUUAUAAAACCGGACACUACGGAGGAAGAUGAGCAGGUCAGUAAAGAUUCCAGAGAUUCCGAGGCCAAUGAAGGGCAAGACCUUGUAGAAGAGCCCCUCUUUGAUUCAGAGUCACAAUUUAAUGUUGAGCAGAAAAAUGAAGAAGUAUGUUUCAGUGAAGCCACGGAAAAAAAAAUAAGUCAAGAAACUGUUGAAGUAGUUUCAAAAACAGCAGAACAGGUAACCACUGUAAAGAUUCAAGAGUAUGGUACAGAUUCCAGGGAUUCUGAGGUUGAACAAGAACAAGAAAUUUUCAAAGAGGUCCUCCCUAAUACACAGCAAAUUGAAGAAACAUAUUCUAGCAACUUGACAGCUGAAGCCAUAAGUCAAGAGACAGAUGAAGUGGUUUCAAAAACAGAACAGGAGGAGACCUUUAAGGAAAAUGAAGAGGACCAGCAAUUAGCCAAUAAUGAAUGUGAUGCCGAAGAGAAUAAAGCCACAACGAUUGAUCAAGAACAAGAAAGUAAGUUGCCAGAAAUUGGAAAAGAUGAUCAAAUUAGCGAAUUUGAUAAUACAGAGGAGAGAACUCAAGACUAUGAACCAGUCAGCAAGGAAUUGAAGGAUCACAAAGUUGACCAGGAGAUAGAGCAUGAUGCUGAUUCUCAAAAAGAUGUAGAAGCCAAAGGUAACUUUCAGUUUGAAUGUGAACAUGAAACGCAUGGCCAAACAUGUGAUGUAAAAGAGAUAAAUCAAGAUAUUCAAAAAGUAAGAGUGAUUCUGCUCGAGCAAGAUGAAUUCACACUGAUAAGUGCUGAGCAUGAAAAUCAAUGUUCAGGAAGCAAAUUAGAAGAAAGUGCUGGUCAAAAUAUCAAUGGUCCAGAAGAUACCAUCCAAGAAACAGUUGAUUCCAACACUUGUCCUUUGCUAACCACUGUGGUGAAACCAGAUAGUGCAGUUAAUAUUUAUAAGCAGGAAACUGAACUAGACUCUGAUCAAUGCUCUGACGCUAAAGCUACCUCUCAGCAGGAAAUUGAAGAUGAACACUUAAAACAAUCAAGCAAAGAUAAAGAAUUAAUUGAAGAGACAUAUGAAGUGGCUUCCACAGCUGAAGACUGUAGCCUAUCAAAGGAGAAUGAAGAGGUUGUUUCAUCCCAAACGGAACCAGAAGAUGACCAAAAUAUUAAAUUUUCCCUGUUCGCCAUUCAAAACAAUCUUCGAUUCACAAGUGAAAAUGAUGCAGAGGUCCAGCCUGAAAAACAGUGUGAGCUGUCUUUAGAUGGUGCAAAACCAAGUGUAGAUCUGGUUGCUGAUGGUGAUAAGAAAGCUGAAAGUACGGAUGUGCCACAUGAUGAAAUUGCGCAUGAUAGCUUAAACAAGGAGGAAGGCAUUUCAGAAGAAAAAGACCUUACAGAAAACAAACACGAAACAGAAAUCACAGAGAAAAAGGAAGAGGCUAUUGUAAGUGAACCUUCAUGCCAAGACUCAACAUUUGCUCCAGAACGUAAUAACCAGAUUCAAGAGAACCAAGAAAAAUAUCUGGAAUCUGAAACGAAUGAUCAAGGAGAGGAAAAGCCUACUGCUUCUGAGACAGAAAGUGAAACUAUCCUUGUAGAACAUAGCGUAGAACAGAAACUAUAUGCUGAGAACCCUACUGUGACACCAGAUUUUGAAGGACUCACGGACAAGCAGAGCAAAACUGAAGAUGUGGAAACACAUAGCAAUCUCGAUGAAGAGAUCUCCAAAUCUGAUGAAUCCCUGGACUCACAAGAUAUUUCAAUUUAUUCUCAGAAAAGUGAAGACUUUGAAAUUAGCAAAGACUACCAACUAGAGCAAACCCUUCCGGACUCAACACCAUUGCCUAAUCUUGAUGAGUUUGAGGACUUCGUAGAUGAUAAAGAAAACAUUGUGUCAGAAGAAGCUCAGAACGUUGUAGAAUCCUGCUUUCUUCCUGAACCAGAAACAGAAGAAUUAGAUGAUAAUUUGGAGUUACAGUCAUCACAAAUAGCCCCAUGGCUUGAAGCUGAAGAACCUAAAGAAACAGGCAAGUCAUUGAACUCACAAGAAGACAUCUUAAUUUCCUCACAAAAGAGUGAUAAUUUUGAGACAAGUGAUGAAGACCAGUUAGAGAAGACACUGCCUAGCACAACACCAAUAUCUCACCUCACUGAUGGAUCGGAAAAUUUGUCAGAAGAGCAGGUGAUCUUAGAACCAGAAACACCACAAACUGAUGAUGGUAAAGAUUUUCAGAAAGACGAUAUUGAACAAAGUGGAACAAAGGAAACUGAAAGUGUAUCUGAAACCACAGAAUUCCUUUUUACAGCAGAGCACGCUGAGUCAGAAUUAGUAACUCCUCUAACUAAUGAUGUCACUCAAGAGGAAUCGACUUACACAAAUCCAGAACAAAAUGUUGUUUUUCCUGGAGAUGAUAGUGAUUCCCUAGAGAACUCAUUCAACUCACAAGAAGAUGUCUCAAUUUCCUCACAAAAAAGUGUAAUUUUCGAGACAAGUAAUGAUGACCAGUUAGAGAAGACUCUGCCUGGCACAACACCAUUAUCUAACCUCACCGAUGGAUCUGAAAUUUUGUCAGAAGAGCAGGUGAUCUUAGAACCUGAACAACCACAAACUGAUGAUGGUAAAGAGUUUCAGGAAGACGAUAUUGAAGAUACUCAAGAUACUCAAGAAAGAAAAACUUUAGAGCAUACUCAAGAUGUUACAGAAGUUAUUGCAAUAGCUACAGAAACAAGUGUCAUCUUGGAAAGUGACACAUCCAUAUCUUCAGAUGAAUCCUCACCAAAUGUGACAGCUAUUGGACAGGAGACUGAGCAAGAAGAUAAUAAAAUUGACACUGAGGAAACUCCUCCUGACGUUGAAGUGAAAGAGGAAAUUGUAAAGGUUGUGCUAGAGGAAGUGGAAGAAACACACGAAGAUAAGGCAUUCUUGACAACCAAACCAGGUCCUGAACACGUAGAAUUUCAUGCCUCCGAUGAAGAGAAAGACACCACGGAUGAAAUCAGUGACUCUUCAUUUGAUUCUAACAGUGGCAAUGAGAGAGAAAUCGCUGAGGAACAACAUUGUUCACCAACAGAAAACAGUAUUCAUGUUAAAACAGUAAAUGGACUGCAUGGGAAUACCAUUGUGCAAGCCACGCUUGACUUAGAGGACUAUAUGGUCAAUGGACAUUCUACUGGUGAACAAAGCAAAAUCGUCAUUUCUGAAAGGAAGACCAUUGUAAAAUUUGAAGAGGAUAUUAUAAAUACCCAUACUAAGGAUAUUAUAGAAGAGUCUGUUCUCAAAUUUGCAACCUCAGAAGGAAAGAGUGAGGGCCUCUUCCAAUCUUUACUCGAAAAAUCAGAGCUUAAAGAAGGUACCCGGUUUGAUGAAUCUUCUGAAAUAAAGAGCACAAUCCAUACGGUUGUUGAGUAUGUGGACUCUGCUACUGAUGAAGAUAUUUACACCAAUAAAACCUUAGAACCUUACCUUAGUGAUAGUGAUUUUACCAACCAGUCUACCUUAGUCGGUCAAGAUCUUGUCGUAGACAAAGACACAAACCAGCAAACUGUUAAGACACACCAAGAAAAAGAAGAUGCUUGGUCGUCUGACGAGUAAAUUAGACUAUGUUUUUCUGUUUGUGAGAAAACAUAAACUUUAUUUAUUUCUUGGUCACGACAGCCAUGAGUGGUUUUGCCCAAUUCCUAGAGAAAGAAAAACCAGUUGGUGCAAAUCAAAUGGAAUAUUCCAACAUUCUUCCAAAACCUGUGCUGGUAAAGUUAUGUGGACACAAAGGAGGGCUGGAACUUUUCAAGAGAUCCAUACUGCCAAAUGGAUGCAAAAUUGAGAGGCCACCAACAAAUCCACAAUUUAUUUAUGAAUAAGAUCAGUCAAGGAGAUAACUAAGCAAUGUAUCUCCUGGAUAUAUGAAGUGGCAAGUGUGCGCGUCUUCUUUUUUUUUUUUUGGUAAUCUUUUGUGUGGGUCCAUGGGCACAAACUUCAAAGAACAUUCAGAAAUACUCCAGAUUUUCAUUGAACUCAAGUUACCUCUCUCUGCGUAUCCUGCCAAUGAUUUACUAAGUAAUUGCUUUUUUUAUUUUAUUCGGACUGUUUUAUUAAGUGUCUUGCACGGUGAAUUGCCUCUAUUAUGUAUGAGCAGCACAUAUUUGCAUGUCACUAUUCUUCUGUGCUUCGAAUUUAAAGUUCAAUCGAUUUGCGUUUUA